UGAUCUCCACAAACUCCUGUUGUUGUUUGAUUCCUUUAUUUGACCGUGAAAACUAUACAUUAGUUAGUAAUUACUUCUUGAAAAUACAUCCAAUAUAUCCUUAUACAUACCAUUUGACAAUCGAUGAGUCUUCAACUUCUAUUAUCUAUUACCAAUUCACGUCUAUUUUUGAUCCAUUGACUCUAAAUUGAUUUUGAAGUGUAUCAGAAGAAAAAAAAAUUAGUAUCAACAAACAUCCACACCUCAGAUCACACCCACAAACAGAACCAAGCAGACUUGUUUUGAUUUUGAUAAAAAUGGCAGCCAAAUAUCAUUUAACCAAACUCUGUGUUUGAAUCAAGGACCAAAUGACAUCAAUCCCAUUGUCUAAGGAAGUAAUUGAAUGGGUGAUACCGACACCGACGUUGGGUGAUCUCUCCCAUAACUCUACUGAUAUAGAGAAUGAUAUUGAUUAUCUUUUAAAUUGGUUGCAUCCUUAUUUCCCGCCAUCAUUGAUCAAUCAACAACAGAUUCAAGAUAAUAAUUGGAUUCAAUUCAAUAACAGCAGUCAUAAGUUGUUCAAUAAGGUGGUUGAACCUUCAAAAAGAGUGAAAGCUGCCAUCAGGAGUUGUUUGAAGGAUGAUGCCAAUCAAUUGGAAUUUGUCAAAUUAUACAAUAAUUCAAUCACCAUCAAAUUGAAUAGUUUCUUUAAUCACUUGACCAAUAGUUCAAAUUUAACGUUUUUAAACUAUUUCAACUUGAUCAAGAUCAUCAAUGGUUAUUUCAAUUCCAUACUACAAUACCUUAACAUGUCACCUUUAUCAAAAGAUUUAUUUAGACGAAAUUUAAAUUCAUUGUUUUAUAAUAAUCUUAUUAAAGAUGAUAAACUGCAUUUCUUACCAUUAUUACUGAAUUAUUUAGAUGAAUCACUUUAUAAUGGAGAUACUACUUCUGCGGGAACCAACCCUCCUUAUUCCGUUGCCUCAAUCAAUGAAAUCAUACAUACCUUAAGUUCAAUCAACUUAAUUAAUGAAGUAAAUCAUAUCAUGAUUCAAUUAUCGAUUAAAAAGAUCAAAUUAUUUAUAGUUGAAAAUUGUUCAAAAGUAUGGAAUAAGUACUUACUCGAAUUAAUCAAUCAAUAUAUUCAACAUAAAAUAUAUCCUAAUUUUUUAAUAAGUUUGAAAUAUUCAACUAUAAAUAUCGAUGCAAAUUCUUAUCUUUAUGAUUUGAUUAAAAUCGCUCAUGAUGAAUUGGUGUCAUUAAGAAUUAAAGAGAUUUAUGAAAUCAUUCUAAAUUAUCCUACAAGUUCAAUUGCAUUGUAUGAAUUAUAUCAGUGUUUCCUGAUAAAAUUCAAUCAUUCAAAUUACAACCAACAACAACAUAAUCAAUUAGAAGAUUCGAAUUCUUCUUCCACUAACCUAAUCAAUGAUGUAUCUCAUUUAUCUAAUUUCUCAUAUUUGGUAAACUUUUCUUUAAAGUCUCAAUCCUAUCAAAGAACUAAAUUAGUUGAAAAUUUCAUCAAAUUAAGUCAUGAAAAGAUUUUACAUUCGGGUGCAAAUACAGUCGAUGUAAUAACCACUUAUAUCAAAACUAUAAAAUCAUUUUUAAUCAUAGAUCCGAAGGGAGUUUUACUAGACAAGGUGGUAAGACCAAUCAGAACUUAUUUGAAAACUAGAGAAGAUAUCAUUAUAAAAAUUGUUCAUGGUUUAUUAGAAGAAGAUGAUUCCAAAAAUGAUUUAGUGGAGUUGGCUCAAGAUUUAAGAAAAGUUGAUCCACCAAAUAAACAACAACAAACAAGCAUAGAUGAUGGAUUGGAUUUGAAUUGGAUACCUGAUCCAAUUGAUGCAUUACCCGAUUUCAAAAAGGCUAAAGUAACAGAUAUUAUUGAAUCUUUAAUUUCAAUAUUUGAUUCCAACGAGAUAUUCAUAAGUGAAUUUACAAAAUUAUUUGGUCAACGAUUAAUUAAUAUUCAUGAUUAUGAUGUCCAAAAAAUUGAAACUUAUCUUGAUUUAUUGAAGGUAAGAUUCGGUAAAGAUGAAUUCACGUCUUUGGAUAUAAUGAUUAAAGAUAUAAAAGGAAGUAAAACCAUGAAUCAAAUAAUCCAGAAUAAUAUGAAUGGUAAUCUUAGUCACUUUCAUACUUCAAUUUUAUCUCAUCUUUAUUGGCCAACUGUUAUUGAAAAUUUAUCUGAUGAAAGAGAUUAUUUUAAUGUCCCUAGUGCUAUCGAACAGGCUUUUAAAAGUAUGUCAGGUCAAUUCAAUGAACAAAAAUCAGGUAGAAGCUUGAAGUUUUUACCUAGUUUAGGAUCAGUUAAAUUGCAACUUGAAUUCAAAAAUAAUAUUUCCAAAGAAUUUGAGGUUAGUCCAGAUAAGGCAUCUAUAAUAUCUUUAUUUAAUGACCAAAAUGAAGAAUUAUCAGUCGAAUACAUAAGCAAGACAUUAAAUAUGCCUACUUAUAUGGUAUCCAGUGGAUUGAAUUUUUGGGUAAAGGAAGGAGUAUUAAUUGAACUUACUAAGUCGCUAUACAUUGUGAACGAUGAUGAUGACGACGAUGAGGAAAAUAAUAACUUGAAUACUAAUAACGAUUUAAGACUUAGAAGUGCAACUACUACAGGUCCUAGUUCAGCAACAUCAAGAUAUGAAGAGACCAAACCAUUCGAAGAUCUAUAUGUGCUUUGGCCCUUCAUUCAAAUCUUGUUGGAGAAUAUUUCGAUGCUUACAUCUUCAAAGAUUCUUACUUUAUUAAAAUUAAGAGUACCUAAAGAAACUUUUGAUGUACAAGCGUUAAGUCCUAGUUACUUUGAAGAAUAUUUGGAUUGGUUAAUAGAACAAGAAAGGUUGGAAUUACAGGGUAGUAGUUUCAAAUUAAAGAAUUAAUAAUAUUAUGAAUUAUGAAUUAACUAAUCUAUAGAAAGUAA